AUGUUUAAUACCAGAUUCUUUGUUGCUUCUUUCUUUGCUCUUCUCUUCCUCGCUGUCUCUGCGUCUCCUGCCCCAGAGCCCACCCCCGCUCCCCCAUAUGAGCCCCAGGUACAGGAGCGUGCCCUUGAUGACAUUAUCUCUGAUAUAACUGGUGGUGCUGCUUCUAUUGGUAGCCAGAUCACAGCUGGUGCCGCCAGUCUCGGGUCAGACUUCACCAGCAUCGGCGCUGGCAUCGGUCAGAAAGUGACAUCCAUCGGCGGCCAGGCAGUGACAGUUGUAACCAGUGUAGGUGGCCAAGCAAUAACGCUUGCCACCAACGGUGCCGUAACCUCGAUAUUUGACUCUGUCUUCACUAUUGCCACAUCUGCUGCUGGAGCCGCCGCGUCUGCAGCAUCAAGCGCUGCCCACAACAAUAACAGUGGUGGAAUGUCUGCUUCCUCAGGCAUCCAGACACCUCUAAUCGUCGGCAUUGCAACCAUCAUGAUUAGCACCAUGGUUGGCGCUUUUAUUACAAUCUAA